GGAGAUCGUUCCAGUGUCACGUAUUUGACGAUCUCGAUCCAUGAGCCAACAGUGCUCGAAGGAAUUGGUUGAAAAUCACGUUUUAAUCUCAGCGGCAACACAAGGAAUGUGACCAUGUCAUUCAAGUCUUUUUAUCCCAUUCUAUCCGGUAAGUUUUCUUACACGGUAAGUUUUCUUACACUGCAAGGAAUAUUAGUCUAUGGAUUAUAACAGAGCAAAGAAUGGUUUGGCAGCAGUCCAGAUCAGCCACAAGGUAACUUUAAAAAGUUCUUGGGUCGUACUCUCGAGUCGUGACAAAAAAAAAAAAAAAUGAAAAUCCGGCCACUAGAUAAUGUACCAACCCUUUACCCAAGUUGACUUCGGGACUCAAGAGUACAACGCCAGAGAUCCAACCGGAACGUAGUAGGAGAUCCAUAAUACUGUACAAAGGUCAUGCGUGUGUAUUUCUCGUCUCUGUUUCAUCAACUAUUAUUCAGUUUUUCAUCAUAUUUUCUAAUUAUAAUAAAUAAGAACAAUGAAUACAAGUAAUAUUUUAUUCCCUGUUGUAAAUGUAUGUCUAAACGUUAAUUUCAAAAAGGAAGCGAUUAGAUGAUCAUACAGUGAAGACAGCUAUGACUUUGUUCGUGAGUAACUCCGCUGACCGUUACAAAAUCCGAGUUUAACCACCGUUUACGCUUGUAAUCGUUUCCCAUAUGCAUUGUUUUGUCGAUUUUCCUUACUUUUACAGAGGUAGAGGUAUAAGUGCUUCCUAUUCUUAGUUGGGGUGGCUUUUCCUUUAUAUCGUAGCCUGAAUAUCAGGCUCUCUGAAGGGGAUUGGGUGUUGGUUGACAGAGGUCAUGCAGCAGAGGUCACCUAGCCUUCUCCCUCUCCGGUGUAGUCAUAAUCCCGGCGUUGUGAAUAUAGCACCGGUGGUAUCCAACAAACCGCCUCUGUAAGGUCAGCAUCCACUCAUUCUCUACCAAAAAUGGCUGCUUCAAUACUGAGAGGCUUGAGGAAGACGAAAUUGUGUCAAGUACGAGGAMUAGCUACGAGCAUGGCAACGGCCAAAAAGUUGAAUUUUCCUCUGUCACCGAAUGAAAUGCCAAGGUCUGGUGGAAUUGCCACCAUGAUGAGGUUGCCAUUGGAGAAGACAGCUAAUGGACUCGAUGCUUGCUUUGUUGGAGUUCCUUUCGAUUCUGGGGCAUCAAACAGAGUAGGAACAAGGUUUGGACCACGUCAAAUAAGACAUGAAUCAUCCAUGUUACGUCCUUACAAUCCUGCGACUGGUGCUGCGCCRUUUGAGUCAUUGAUGGUGGCUGAUAUUGGUGAUAUAUCUGUGAAUACAUACAAUAUCAAGCAUUCCAUGGAACUGAUUGAAGAUAAAAUCAGUGAAAUCCUUCAGGAGGGGUGCACGCCACUUGUCUUAGGAGGCUGCCACACCAUUACUUAUGGAAUUUUAAAAGCAAUGAAGGCUAAGUAUGGACCUGUUGGGAUGAUUCAUGUUGAUGCUCAUUCAGAUACAAGUCCAGCUAUGUAUGGCGAACCUAUUUAUCAUGGAAGUCCAUUUUACCUGGCUGUGGAGGAAGGAUUAUUGGACUGCGAGAGAGUUGUUCAGAUUGGUUUGAGAGGCCCGUGGUAUGAUGGCUCUGUUUAUCAUUAUCCAAAGGAAAAGGGCUUCAAAGUUGUCCCUGCAAAUGAAUGCUGGCACAAGUCUCUUGAGCCUUUAAUGCAAGAGGUACGUCAACAGAUGGGAAGUGGCCCUGUCUACAUCAGCUUUGAUAUCGAUGGUCUUGACCCUGCCUUUGCACCGGGAACAGGAACACCAGAAGUAGGAGGACUGACAAGUAUCCAAGGAUUAGAGAUUAUUCGUGGUUGUCAGGGAUUACAUAUAGUUGGAGGCGACCUUGUGGAGGUUUCUCCUCCUUACGAUCCCCUAGGAACAACAGCAUUACACGGGGCRAACCUGUUGUUUGAAAUGCUUUGCGUUUUGCCAGGGGUGAAACACUCCCAAAACUAAAAAAACAUAUGUUUCAGACUGUUAGUGUCACUCAAUGAUUUUUUUAAAUGUAAGAUAGAUAAGUAUUAUCAAACUCGAAAUUGAAUGUAGGAUACAGUUAUUAAAAUUAAUAGUUGAA